CCCCGUGUCAGUCCGGGCGGCGGAAGGACUACGCCCUCCCCAAUGCCAGUUGGAGCCAGGACAUGAUGCAACAGUUCCACAAGUUCAUGGAGAUGUGCAAAGACGGGAAGUGGAUCCGAGUCGCUUCGUACAGAAACGUGAAGUAUGACAUUGCAGAAUGGCUGGGUGAGAAACUCGAGGAAGAGGAGGAGGAGACAGAAGCCCGCCUGUUCACCAGGAACAUUGACGCCGAGGGUCUGGGUUUUGAAUAUGUGAUGUUCUGCAACCCCUCGGAGAAGAGGGUGGUCUGUCUUUUCCAGCCAGGUCCUUACCUGGAAGGACCUCCAGGUUUUGUCCACGGCGGUUCCGUCGCAACUGUUCUCGACAACAACCUGAUGGGGUGUGCGUUCAUGACCGUUGGUGGCGCUCUAAUGGCUAACCUCAACAUCACCUUUAGGAGCCCCAUCCCGCUGGGCUCGGUAGUCCUGGUGGAGAGCGAAGUGGAGAGAGUGGAAGGGAAGAAAAUGUUCGCAUCUGGCCUGGUGCGGAGCACGGACGGGGAGACCAUUUAUGCAAAAGCCACAGCUCUGGUCAUCCUAAUGGAUUCCAAGUUCUCCCGUCUGUGAGUCUUUUCCGAGUCGCCUUCUGAAGCCCGCACUUUGUCGCCUGGGUGAAAGCCCGUCAAGCUCCCAAUACGGCUCACUCGCUUCCCCCUCCUCCCCGGGAUCACGGACCACAAUCUGCUGCUCCUGAUUCAAACUCGCCCGCCUUGUUUGUGUUCCGGCUGUGGCAGAGACGGCCAAGGGAUUUCUACCUCCUCCUCCGGCAUCGAGCUGCCUUUCGCUGCUUCGAAAAGAGGCAUUCUCCUCUGGGAAGAUACGCUGAUGCUGCAAGCCCCUGGGGAUGCCAGCCCCCAGGUGGGGCCCGGAGAUCUCCAGAACUGCAGUUUAUCUCCAGGCUAUUGGGAUCCGUCCCCUUGGAGAAAAUGGGAUGCUUUAGAGGGGGGACUCCGGGGCCUGGUAACCCACAGGGGUCCAUGUCUUCCCCGGGCUCCACCCCCAAAUCCCCAAAAGUUUCCCAACCUGGAUCUGGCAGCCAGAAUAAAACAUUUUUUGGUGUUAAAGGUG